AGCUCAAGCUACCCUUCCAUGUACCUCCCAGGCGCAAAACAGCCCAAGACUAGCCCACGACCAGAUAAACCACACCCAACGUUCCAUUACCGCCCUCCGAUCAGCCUAACCGUGCGCCACAACCUUGGUCCGGGCCCGGCACGCCGCCAUCACCGCACCCGCCCGCCCAACUAACAAACCCCUCUGCGAUCCCCGCGCGCAACCCCCUCUCCCAUGGCCGCCGGCGACGAUACAGGCGCUGCGGCCGCGUGCCCCGUCGACCACCGCCCCCGCGACGCCUGCCCCGUAGACCACAGCAGCAGCAGUAGCAGCAGCAGCAACAACAAUAAGCCACCAGAAGCAUGCCCCGUCGACCACAAGUCGCGCGAGGUGUGGCUAUCACAAGCCCGCGCGGCGGCGGCGGCAGCACCAUCGCCAACAGCGAGACCACCACCCAGCAAUGCCCCCGCCCCCGCCCCGUCCUGGAACCCCCUGACAUGGCGAGUCCCCUUCCUCUCCACCAGCUCGCCGGCGCAAAGCGCCACCCGGCCGCCAACACCACCGCCACCACCGCCGUCCACCCGCAGCGGCCACCUCGACGAGGCCCGCGUCGUCUCCUCCAUCCCGCGCGCCGUGCCCUCCUCCCCAUCCCCAUCCCCAUCCCCAGCCGCCGCCGCCAUCCCGUCCAACCACGAAAACGAAACGGGCGCCGACGCCGCGACGGGCAACUGGGUGUACCCGUCGGAAAAGAUGUUCUUUGAGGCGCUGCGGCGCAAGGGCAGCGCGGGCGGGCCCGACGGCGCGCGCGCCGCCGACAUGCGCACCGUGGUGCCCAUCCACAACGCCGUCAACGAGCGCGCCUGGCGCGAGAUCAAGGCCUGGGAGGCCCCCUACUGCGGCGGCGGCAGCGGCGUCGCAGCAGGCGCCGCGUGCCCCGGCGGGCCCCGCCUCGAGUCCUUCAGCGGCCUGGCCGCAAAGAUGUCGCCCCGCGCCCGCAUCAACACCUGGCUCGGCUACACGGCCCCGUUUGACCGCCACGACUGGGUCGUCGACCGCUGCGGCGUCAGGGUCGAGUACGUCAUUGACUUUUACGCCGGCCGCCCAGGGGGGCCCGCCGGCGCCGCGGUACCGCAGAAGCUCAACUUCUACCUCGACGUCAGGCCAAAGCUCAACACGUGGGAGGGUGUCAAGAUGAGGGCCUUGCGGGCGCUCGGCAUCGUCUAGACUCGGGUGGGGCACAGCAUGUACAAUAACGAACCAGCUAUCUGUAACAACAACAUAUCAACAUGUGUUGGCGGCACGACCCAGGUGUCGUGCUUGACGCCACACAUCUCCUACCGCUCCACGUGUGAAUCUCUUGUAUAACAUACAGGGCGCUACACUGCGUUGUAUCGUCUAAUGUGUAGAUUUCGCACGAAAUCAGGCCCAAAUAGUGAAGCGCCGUACCUCUUUGGCCUUCGACACCGUGCUAGAACAUAGAACAAGGCUUUACCGGGGAAGCAACCACUAACAAACGAAAACGGACGAGCAAAAACGACUUAAAACGUCCAUGUCAAACAAACAAGGCCCUUGUGCGAUUCUACAAGUCGCCGAACCCCGUGCCGCAUCGCGCAUGGCGGCGUGGCAACUUUCGAAGCAACUGCCCCCCGACCAAAUCACAUCCUGAGGGGACACGUCCCACGAGAGAGGGAGGGCGAAAGAACAUAAGAGGAGACGCGAGGAAAGAAGCUUCAAUCAUGCUUGACCUCCUGGGGUACUGAAUGGUAAGGGCCAGAGGUCGACGUGCCAUGGUAGUGUGGGAGAGGCUCCUUUUCCGAGGGCAGUACAACGGAUG